AUGAAGCCUUAUACCGGCGUCGUUAGACCUAAACUGAUGUCACUGCCAACUGAAGCGCCUCUGAAAAUACAGAACAUUACAGACGCGCGACCCAGUUAUCCUUCAAACUACAUCUCCAGUCCUCCAGUGUCUGGAUGCUCCACGGCUGCUCAAUCCAGACUGAAUGUCUUCUCAGCAAGACAGAAAUGCCCAUGCAAUUCAAGGGAUCUAAAGCCUCACAGUGUCAGCUCUAUUACUGAAGUGCCACUGCUCCCAUUGUUAGCCAAAAAUCGCUCAGCAGUGACCAACCGUACCUCACAAAACCAUGUGUCUGACAGUGAUAUUUUUGACCGUCAUUUCUUAUUUGAUAAACGAUGGCGAAAUGGAACUUACAUCACUAAUGGUAUUGAAGAUAAUGUUCUGAUGAACCACAACCCUACAAAUCCACUCUUUCAGGAGUUCCAUGUUUAUCGCUCUCAUAAUUUAACCAGAUUUGCCCACCGCAAAGAACUCUGCCCACACGACCCAAGACCACUUAUUUGCGGGUCUGAUUAUCUAACCUCAUUUCCAUCAGUUCUGUUACCAGCCUUUACCCCAUCUAUCAGUGGACGACUCUGUUUAUCACAAAACUAUAAAAACAGAUUAAGGAUGAAAAACAGAGCGCACAAUCUCUUCUCUUAUGGUGCUAACAACAAAACCCAGUCGUACCCUGAUCCACACCUGGGUGCCUCGGCCUCUUUUGUUCAGAGGCUCACAGAGAUUUCCUCUCUGGAAGCAGAGACAGUCCGGCAGGAGAGGAUGAAGAGACUCAAAAAGAUCAAUAGGCAGGACUCUUAAUCGGAGUUCAUUAGCCAAAGAGGAAACACU